CGGAUCGGGCUACUCCCCUACUCGGCGCUACCGUACUCAGUUACAAUCACACUCAAAUAUGUCCGGCGGGAGCACAGACAGACUUUGAACCCAACCGUUGUAGCGGAUUUUAAAAACCUCCACUCUGGGAACCAAGAUGGAAAACACUCGGGGAUUCUUCCUGCUAGGUGUCGGCCUCUCACUGCUAGCUGUCGUUGCAGCCCAGACAACACAAGCACCAACACCAAGUGCAAACGCCUUCUUCAACGGCUUCAACUCCUAUGCAGUUCUACCCAACACCUUACAGAUCACCUCCACACUAACAUCAUUCAGCUUUAGAACUUGCAAUGGGGGCCAACUCCUACGACAAGAGGGAAGCAAUGGGGACUACAUUGAGCUGUCUCUUAUAGCAUCGGGAGGGGUUCUAAGAUUCUCCUUUCGAAAGGCAGGGGGGAGGGGGGAAGAUUUUGUUGAUCUAGGGUCAGGACUCAAUACUAAUCAGAUGUGGCACACAGUAGAUCUAGAGUAUUUAGUAGGCAACCUGACGUUAAGUGUUGAUGGGGAAAAAAUCACAGUUGCAUCUCAGACUGUCAGAAGUUACGUGCUGGACAUCGACCUGUCUGGAAGUGCAGGAGUGGAGGUUGGACGUGGACUCAUUGGAUGUGUAUAUGCGGGUCCAGGGGUGCAGUUGACCACUGCAACGUCACAGUCCAAUGUCCAGUGGGGUAGCUGUCCUUUGGAGAACAAUGAGGGAUGCGAUGGCCCAGUUGACACGGACGCCUGUGUUAGCCACCCUUGCGAGAACGGCGGGAUAUGCGUAGACGAAAUCCAAAACUACACAUGCAUUUGUACGGCUAGAUAUACCGGUCGAAAUUGCGAGAUCGACACGGGUCCACUGUGUGAGUCACCAGAUAACCUGUGCUACAAUGGAGGAGUCUGCCAGGAGCAGCAGAAUGGGAACUACACUACCUGUGUUUGCCGAGACGGGUGGGCCGGACCGCGGUGCACGGAGAGCCCCUGUGUCAGCGAACCCUGUAUGAACGGAGCGACGUGUUUGAAUGUCACCGGUGGAUACCAAUGCACAUGUCCUGAUGGCUUUGCUGGCGUGAACUGUGAAAUCAACAUUAACGAAUGUGCCACUGCACCAUGCAAAAAUGGUGGUCAAUGCACAGACAGCAUCAAUGGAGUGAUCUGCAACUGUGACGGUACUGGGUACGAAGGCCCCUUCUGCCAGAGCGACGUGAACGAGUGCAACAACGAUCCGUGUCAGAACAGUGGAACCUGUUUCAACCGCCCCGGUGGCUUCACCUGUCAGUGUGCGCAGGGUUGGGACGGUGACGUUUGUGAUAACGAGCUUGACGAAUGCAUCUCGGACCCAUGUCAGAAUGGCGCCACCUGCGAGGACCGGCAGGGGUCGUACUUCUGCAACUGUGUGUCGGGAUUCGAGGGGACCAACUGUGAGACCAGCCAGGCUUGUCAGGCGCAGCCCUGCAACCCAGAGGAGGACUGUUUUCCAGAGGGUUUAAACUAUCGUUGUGAGUGCAAGCCAGGCUAUGACGGGUCUGCAGGUAACUGCAGGGAUAUUGAUGAGUGUGCGAGUAAUCCGUGUCGUAACCGUGGCACCUGUAACAACUACAUUAACUACUACAACUGCUCCUGCCGUGAUGGCUACAAUGGUUACAACUGUGAGUUCACUGACGAGUGUGUCCUGAGGCCCAACUACUGCAGGAAUGGGGCAACAUGUCGGGACUUAACGGCGUCCUUCGAGUGCAUCUGUGCAGUUGGGUUUACAGGAGAAGACUGCUCAGAGAACAUUGAUGACUGCGCCCAGCACAACUGUCAGAAUGGUGCAACAUGUAUGGACCAGAUCAACGAUUACACGUGUAACUGUCUGCCUGGGUUUGAAGGCGACAGAUGUCAAACCAACAUUGAUGAUUGCAGCCCUGACCCCUGUGAGAACAGUGGCACCUGCACUGAUCUCGUCAAUGACUACAGAUGUGAAUGUACAACGGCCUGGGCAGGCAAAAACUGCACUCAGGAGAAUCGGUGUGAAGUGCCGACGCCUGUUGUCUGCACGGAUGGGAAGGUGUGUUUUAUAUCAGAAGAUGGACUUGGUACUGACUGUCAGUGUCCCCUGGGCUUCACUGGAGUCAACUGUGCUGACAACAUCAACGAAUGUGACCCGGACCCCUGUCAGAACAAUGCUACCUGUAUUGAUGGGAUCAACAAAUUUGUCUGCAACUGCACCAGUGGCUGGCAGGGAGUGACCUGUGAGGAAGACAUUGAUGAGUGCAAUCCGUCGCCAUGCCAACACGACUCCGUCUGCGUCAACACCGAGGGAAGCUACGACUGCUUCUGCCGUCAGGGCUACCACGGGAAGAACUGUGAACUGGACAUCAACGAGUGUUACUCUGAGCCCUGCCAAAAUGGCGCCACGUGUCAGGACCUCAUCGCUGAAGCCAAGUGCACCUGUGCUCCAGGCUACACGGGGGUCUGGUGCGAGAGGGAGAUUUUGGAGUGCGACUCCAACCCGUGUCAGAACGGUGCGACGUGUAUCGACCUCAUCGCCCGGUACAACUGCUCGUGCAUGCCGGGCUGGGAGGGGGUGAACUGUGAGCAGGAGGUGGAUGAGUGUGAGAGCAGUCCAUGUCUGAACGGGGGACAGUGCACCGACCUGUUCAACAACUACACCUGUAAUUGCAGCAACACUGGUUUUGUGGGGUACGACUGUGAGGUGGAGAUCAGGGAGUGUGACUCCAGCCCCUGCCAACAUGGCGGCAUCUGCAAUGAUCUCAUCAACUACUACAACUGCUCAUGUUACGAUGGGUUUGAAGGCUACAACUGUGAGACUGACAUCGAUGAAUGCGCAUCAGAUCCAUGUCAAAAUGGAGCCACGUGUACGGAGAAUUCUGCAGGUGGAAACACCAACUGGCCCAACGCUGGAGGGUACACGUGUACUUGUGUUCCAGGCUAUGCUGGGGACAACUGUGAAACUGACAUCAACGAGUGCGAUUCCGAUCCAUGUCAGAAUGGAGCGACAUGUAAUGACUUGAUCAACAUGUACACUUGCGACUGCGUGCUAGGAUUCAGGGGAAUAAACUGUGAAGAGAAUAUUGAUGAGUGUACGGAGUACGGCGGCAACCCGUGUCAGAAUGGGGCUGUGUGCAUGGAUGGAAUCAAUGACUACAGCUGUUUAUGCACACCGGGACUGGGUGGGAAGAACUGUUCUGUAACGCUGAUCGGUUGCAACGUGAAUGGUUGUGAAAACAACUCCACCUGCGUUCCAUACCUGCAAGACGAAGCGACAGACACACACAACUACACCUGUAACUGUGAUAAUGGCUUCGUGGGCCGCAACUGCGAGAAAGUCACAACUCUUUCGUUCGAUGGAAGCGGGUAUAUAACAGUCCCUCCGCAAACUGGCCCCACUGUUACAUUGCAGAUCAGGUUCAGAACCACAUUACCCUCUGGCGUUCUGGCUUUCGUUGGGGAAGCAAAUCACCAUGGCAUCUUGGAGAUUGUUGAUAACAAGAUACAGCUGACCCACUUUAACGGUUCUGUGAAGAGAAGUGUUGAAGUCAACAAGGUCAUCAGUGAUGGUGAAUGGCAUGACGUAACUGCUAGAAUCGUUGAGAACGGUACCAUGUCAGUAUGUGUUGAUGGCUCUAACUGUAAUGACGGUAACGUUGGUCAGACAGUAGAUUUUGGAGACCUGAAUGUUGGUGGAGUUGACAAUGCUUUACUUGCUCUGACAACAUCUCGUAAAAACUACGUAGGCUGUGUAGAGGAUAUUGUUAGGGAUGGCCAUGCUAUUGUAGCCGCAGACUACGUUUCUGGAUCCAUCGCUGAGGGAUGUGAUCGUAAGGAUCAGUGUAAUCCGGAUCCGUGCUCUGGGAAGGGCGUGUGUACAGACGAGUGGAUCCAGUACACAUGCGAGUGUGAGCGGCCCUACACUGGAAACAAUUGCAACUACACCUUGAGUACAGGAACCUUCAGCAAUGAAGAGCUGAGCAGUUUUGCGAACUUCGUGGUUCCUCGCAGUGGUAGCGACCCAUUCAAGGUUUCCAUGUUCUUCCGGACACGAAAACCGGAUGGUUUGUUGAUGUUUACCGGAGAGCCAGGAAUCGGUCCUGAAACACCACCUGUAGAUGCCAACUAUGUCGCAGUGCAACUUGUCAAUGGAAGAAUCCGUGUGGAUGUAAAGGAGGUGGGUGAAACAGCCAACCAGCCUAAGAGCUACACCCUUGGUGGAAGGCUGGCAGACGGAGAGUUCAAGUUUGUGGAUGUGUCGAUUGAUGGAGAGAGCAUGUAUAUCAACGUGAAUGACCAAGUCAGCAAUACAAUCACACUGGACAAUGCUCCGAACUUACCAGGAGGUGUCUUGUAUGUCGCUGGUAUGGACUUCCAAAACCCAGAGAAUCUGGGUCUUUCCACCACUGAGCCAUUCAAGGGGUGUAUCCAGGAUUUGCGGUACAACGAAACACGACUUGACUUCUACCCGCUGGCCAUACCUGGCUUCCAGCUCGACUCUCCCUCCCUGCCAUCUACUGGCCUCAGUAAUGUUAACAACACCUGUGUGAGUGACGACACCUGUGCUAGUGGCCCCUGCACCAACGGCGGCGUCUGCACAGUGACGUGGAAUGACUUUGAGUGCAACUGCCCUGUAGGUUUCACUGGGAAGAAUUGUUCUGAGACCGAUUUCUGCGUCUCCAAUCCGUGUCCCUCCAACUCCACCUGCAACAACCUGGAUGAUGGGUUUGAAUGUCUUACAUCAGCCACCUUUGACAGAGACAUGCUAGAGUACAGCACCAGCCCCAGUUUCACUGCCAUCGACAACACCCUCCAAGUCAGCUUCCGCACCAGAGACACAGAUGCUCUUCUACUUCGAGCCUCGGGUGGUUCCACAACUGUUCAGUUGGAAAUUGUGAGCGGGAACGUCCGCUUCACCUACAACAGCGCACCUUCUGCUGAGGCAAACUUUGACGUCAGCGACGGAGAAUGGCACACAGUGGAAGUCUCAUUCCUGGGCACCGUUGCCCAGCUUACUGUGGACAAUGGUGCUGAAAAUGCUACAGCAAACAUGGGGCAGGCUGCUCCAAACUUCGACGAAUUUGCAGGGCAAGACACCAUCCAAGUUGGUAGCCAAGGUGGGCAGGGAUAUUUCAAGGGUUGUAUGGAGAAUCUGCGCGUGGGUGGGGUCCUCCUGCCUUUCUUUGAGUCCUCACAGAUCCUGACUAACGCCUCUAAGAAAUUCAACCUUAAGUCAGCCAGCAGUAUCACCGUCGGCUGUACGAGCGACGAUGUUUGUGGGCCACAGCCUUGUGUCAACGGCGCUACCUGCGCUGACAUCUUCAACGACUACAACUGCACCUGCGUGCCAGGAUACUCUGACAAGAACUGCAGUACCAACAUUGACGAAUGCGCAUCAGGCCCUUGCCAAAAUGGAGCCACCUGUCAGGAUGCCAUCAAUGAGUACUCCUGCGACUGUGUGCCUGGAUACGUAGGGGAUCACUGUGAGACAGAAAUCAACGAGUGUGACUCCAGCCCUUGUCAGUUCAACUCCACGUGUAUCGACCUGGUCAACGCCUUCUUCUGCAACUGCACCACCAACUACACUGGGGAAGUCUGUGAGGUUAACAUCUUUGAGAGAUGCGAUGCUGGGCCUUGUCAAAAUGGAGCUACAUGUAAUGAUCUCAACAUUACUGCAACUAACAAGGCUGCAUUUGAGUGUAUCUGUCCCCCUGGCUACGAGGGUAAGCUGUGUGACCAGGAGAUUGACUACUGCGCAGGUGAUCCCUGCCAGUUUGGGGCCACCUGCUCCAACAACAGGCAAAUCUUUGACUACGAGUGUGCCUGUGUGCCGGGGUACAUGGACAAGAACUGCAGCACCAACAUUGAUGAGUGCGCUUCCGACCCAUGUGAGAAUAUGGCAACGUGCACGGAUCUUGUCAAUGGCUACACGUGCCAGUGUACUGAAGGAUGGAAUGGAACAGAAUGCAAUGUUGACAUUGACGAGUGUUUGACCAUAACCUGUGAGAACAAUGGCUCCUGUGAGAACCUGCCAGGGUCGGUCAAGUGCAACUGUGCCGAGGGAUACGAAGGCACCCAUUGCGAAUUCCGUAGUUGUGAGGAGGGCCAUUGUAUGAACAAUGGUAGCUGUAGAAUGACUCAUCGGGGCAGGGUCUGUGUGUGUGCCGACGGGUUCCCAGGCGACCGAUGUGAACUUGACAUAGACGAAUGCAACACAACCUUCCCAUGUCAGAAUGGGGCCGCGUGUAACAACUCAGUUGGAACUUACACAUGUGACUGUACCCUGGGCUACUCCGGGCACGACUGUGACGUGCCUGUUUGUAGCGGUGACGUGUGUCUGUAUGGUUCGACCUGUAUGACAAACUCGACUCAUUGGCUAUGCCUUUGUGGCGAGGGUUACCAAGGCCUGCGUUGUGAUGAGGAUUUUGACGAGUGUCAAACCUCUCCCUGUGAGCGCAGUGCCCCAUGUAAUAACACGUUCGGCAGCUACGAAUGUCUCUGUCCGCUUGGCUAUGCCGGUCAGAACUGCUCUGACCCAAGGUGCACACCAGAUCUGUGCGCUAAUAACGCUACCUGCAAUGACUCAGGCUCUGACUGGGUCUGUUACUGUGAGGAAGGGUUUGAAGGAAUGCGAUGCAAUGAAGACAUAGAUGAGUGCAUGAGCUCUCCUUGUGAGAAUGGUGCUCAUUGCAAUAAUAUCUAUGGCAGUUUCCAGUGUAUUUGCCCCCUGGGGUACACAGGACAGACCUGUGAGACCCCCCAGUGUACGGCAGACUUGUGUGCAAACAAUGCCACCUGUAACGACACUGGCACUGCCUGGGUUUGCCAUUGCACUGAAGGGUUCGAAGGCCUGCAAUGUGAGGAAGACAUAGAUGAGUGCAUGAGCGCCCCCUGUGAGAAUGGUGCGCUCUGCAGUAACACCGAUGGCAGCUUCCAGUGUAUUUGCCCCCUGGGAUACACAGGAAAGACCUGUGUGGCUCCCAAGUGUACGGCAGACUUGUGCCCAAAUAAUGCCACCUGUAACGACACUGGCACUGCCUGGGUGUGCCACUGUACUGAAGGGUUUGAAGGCAUCCGCUGUGAGAAUGACACAAAUGAGUGCCUAGACUCCCCCUGUCGGCAUGACAGCCUGUGCAAUAACACUUUUGGGAGCUACCAGUGCUCUUGUUCUCUGGGAUACGUGGGGAGGAACUGUGAAACCCCCAAUUGCACCUCUGAUCUGUGCUCGAACAAUGGCACAUGUGUUGAUAGUGGUUCAGAAUGGGUCUGUACCUGUGGAGAAGGGUAUGAAGGAGAGCGGUGUCAAAGUGACAUUGACGAAUGCACAGACGAAGACCUGUGUCAAAACGGCGCCACUUGUGUCAACUCCCCUGGCGCUUUCCUGUGCAAUUGCAGUGCAGGGUUUAAGGGGUCGCGCUGUGAGACUCCGACUUGCGCCCCUAACCCUUGCCUGAAUAAUGGUAGCUGUGCGCUAGAGGAUAGCUGGAGUUGCUCUUGUACUGAAGGGUUUGCAGGUGAGAGAUGUGGGAUUCGAGGACCAUGUGCCGACUUCCCUUGUCAAAACGGAGCCAACUGUUCCCAGAACGUGAACGCCAACCCCAUGACGUACGACUGUGAGUGUGGAUAUGGUUGGGAGGGAGACACAUGUACUCAGCCAGUGGACUGGUGUGCAUCCAGCCCCUGUCAGAACAACGGGAACUGCAGCAGCGUCAACACACAAGGCUUCACAUGUCAGUGUGAGCCGUGGCUUGAUGGACCCACUUGUGAACAGGACAAGGAUGACUGCUUGUCAAACCCAUGUCUAAAUGGCGCCACCUGUACAGACAAGACGGGAGAAGUGGGAGUGGAUUGUGCAUGUACUCCAUACUGGAAGGGUGAGACGUGUACAGAGGACCGUAAUGAGUGUGAGGAGCCCGAGGGAGAGGAGUACCGCUGUCCUCUGAACGUCACAGCAUCAGACUGUGACAACACUGUGGGCAACUUCACCUGUGUGUGCUUAUCUGGCUGGGCUGGGGAGUACUGUAGAGAGGAGGUGCCAACUCAAAGUCAACAGAGAGAUGACCUGGCCCUGAUCCUGGGCCUCCCCAUCGCAGCAGCCAUCUUACUCAUCAUCAUCAUCCUCCUGGUAUUCCUCCUCCUCAUGAGGACCAAGAGAGCGACUCGCGGCACAUACAGCCCCAGCAGACAGGAGAUGACGGGAUCCAGGGGGGUAGAGAUGGGGGGGAUGCUGAAACCACCCCCCGAAGAGAGACUUAUUUAGCAUCAAAUUUGUUUUCCUGUCCAUUGUACAAAGUUGUGUAUGAAUUCUUCUGAAGAAGUUGUGGUAACUUGUAAGAUGUUGUUUGUUGAUGUACUGUUUUGAAUUGUUUGUACAUUCCAUGUCAUAUACAUGUACAUGUAUGUUUGUCCUGUGCUAAGUUUUUUUAACCUGUGAAGCAAUUUUAGAAGGAUGUGCACUGUUUUGAAUACUUGUCUAAUAGCACAUUUAUGAUAUCUGUAGAAAUAGUGUUACUUAACACUUUGUGAUAGUAAAAUAACAUCAUGGCAUUUACUGUAGUUGAAAUCUCUACAGUUCCACUUGGCAAGUCACUUAGCCUACAUGUGUAUCUCAGCCAUUCUGCAGAAUUAUAAGAUCUUUGGCCUUUUUCAAGGGAAUGAAGAAAACUUAAACUUUGUCAGAGUCUGAGACAUAUUAUUAAACACAAAUCAGCAUGCCUUUUCAGAUGCCUUAUAUUCAAUGUAUGGUAGUUGUUGCUCACCAUUCUAUUCUAAAGAAAUUAAAUCUUUGAUGUUAUAUUGGUUCCUAUUCUGAAAUGUCCCUGUCUUUUUGUGUGUAUGUGUAAUGUUAGAAUGUUGAUAUCAGGGAACAGUGAAAUUAUGUAGUUAAUGGCACAAAUAUAAUGUGUUGAUGUUUUAAGUGUAUGUAGUUAGAUUUAUAAGUAGUUAUGUCUGACAGAGUUUAGCGACACAAGAGGAUAUUUUUAGUAAAAUUGUGAUAUUUUUGUCUUAGUGUUUCACAUGCAAACGCUGGAUCGUCUGUGAAUGAUCAAAUAUUAGCAAUGUCUUUUAGCAAUAUCAAAGCCCACCUCAUUUUUAAUAUAGGAUACAUAUUUUUUUUUCAUUUCAACCACUAAUAUGUAACAAUUUAUGUAUAAAGAUUUUAAUUUAUGGUAAUGAGUUUGAUAUUGGUAUAUUGUAACUAUGGACUCACAUAGCCACUGACAGUACCUACAUUGUACAUGACAUUGUACAAGAAUUGACUGAUUCUAAUCCUUCAAAGCUUUGCCUCUUAAGUCAUCAUAAUUCAUAUGGCUCGCUAAGCUGUUAAGGAAUGUAACAAACAGUAUUAACUGAUUUGGUUUGGUUUUACACUCAUCUGUUGAGAUGUUCUUUUAUUUUCUAAUGUGAUUCCACUGCUUGUUGCAUUUAAUAAUGUGUGAGUUGCCAAAUCUUGCUUUAACACCCUUGCUUUCUAGGCAGAUUGUAAACUUUGUAAUGAAAGAAUUCUGUAGUUGAAAAGACUACAGUAACUGUGGUUAGAAAAUUUGAGGAUGCCACCAGACAGGCAAGGCCUGUUUAAUUUUGCUUUAUUUUUAGAUUUCACAUUAUACAUGUAAUAGUGCAUAAGACCUCAAUAGUAUAACAUUAGUUAUACUUUUAAUUAUGCAAAAUUAGCUAUUUCAGCACACCUGUAAAUUUACAAGUUUAUAUAACCAACAUUGAAUACUUAUCAUCACAGUUUUUUCUGUAUCAUAAGAGAGCAUGUGUGGAAUUUUAGCAUUGGUGAUAAGCCUAGCAUUUGAAUGGAUAGUUGUUCAACAUGAAUGUUAAUUUAGGUUGUUUCCCAAGUGAUAGAAGGAAAGUUUACCUGACAAAAGUGUCUAACUUCAUUGACUUGUUUCCUAUCAUGACAUAAAGUAGAGGAAAUGUGUGUUCAUGUGUAUGACUUUCAAGUGUUUGAAGCAUGACUCUUAGAUCAGAAAUAUUAAGGGUAGAAAUUAUCUUGAAAUUCAUUUUGAAAAGACAAAGCUUCAGGUUUCUUGUUGAAGCUGUACACUAUAGGGUAAAGUUGACAGAAAAUAAUCUUUGCAUGACAAAGAAUACAGAAGAGCAUAGAUAUUUUCGGCAAUGAGUUUUGAAGUAUGCCAAUAGGUCUAAAAGUGUGAAUUCUCUUUGAUCCGUUUGUACUUACGCUGUUUGAUGAAUUUGUACAGAAGAAAUAAGAUUUGUCUCAUUGGCUUUGCCUGUAGUUUGAUCCACAUAGCUGGCAUGUCAAGCUUACAGCGUUUCAGCGAUGCAGAUUCAAUAAAUUUUGUAAUUAUUGCAUU